AUGGCACCCUCUUCUACCUCGACCGAGACCGAGUCGCCCCGAACCAGGCCCCGCGAGGCACUGCAGGCGUCGAGCGCCUUCAAGUCCUACUCGGCCGCAAACGGCAACGUCGCCCCGGCACCAAAGCGGGAAAAAGGCGUCUUCACCUCGACCUCUCGCACUGCGGCACUGGCGUCCGACAGUGAUGACGACUCGGUGCUGGGCGAAGUGCCCGGUUCGUCGAGCGGGAGCAGCGGCGACGAAGCAGCCUCGCGAGCGGCACAGAGCGGCCAGAGCUCUUCCAGCAACAAGUCGCGCAAGGCGGGCAAGUCGUCGACGUCUUCCAAGAUGACGAGGCUGUCCAAGCUCUUCUCUCCGUCGUCGAGGCCAUCGUCCCCCUCUUCCACGCCCCAGGAUAAGGGCAAGGGGAAAGAGAGGUCCCGGCCCAAAACGGCGGUCCACGCCGGCAGGAAGCUUCGCGCCACAGAGAUAGGGCCGGCCACGGGCAACGUCGCCCUGGACAGCGACGAGGAAGAGUACCCCUCGGAGGAUGAGCGCCGCGCUAGCGUCGAAAACAUGCGAGAGCUCAAAGAAAAGCAGAGACGGAACGUCCAGAGCAUGGACGAGGCGCAGGUGGCAGGCCUGCAAAAGGCCAAGGAGGCCCCAGAGAAGCUCGACCGGAUGGCCUCACAGGAGGCCGACGACCGCGGGCGAGCCAGGACCAAGGCGGCCUCUGAGGACACACCGAGUGAGCAGCGGGCGCGCGACCUCAGCCCAGGCGCAAAGCGCAACUCGCUGCUGGCAUCAAAGCUGCCCAACCUCCAGCUGCCGGAAGCCAUCACGCAGAAGCUGACGCUGCCCCAAUUCCAGAUCCCCAUCAAGGACUUUCCGCUGCAGGGCAGCGGCAAGGACUCCGAGUUUGACCAGGCACAUCCCGUGUGGGCCAAGCAGCCGUACAAGUACCUCUACUAUGCCUACUUUGGCCUCUCGGUGGGCCUCUACCACCUCCCGGCGUGGUCCCUCACCAGCGCCGUCAAGUCGAAGCGCGGUCGCAAGGACUGGUCGUGGAAGCGGGCGACGAUGGUCAAGCUCUUCCGCCACGGCACCAAGCUCACCUUCCGUACGCACACCAACCUCGGCCGCGACCUGACCAAGGAGGUGCCCCAUUCCAAGACGGUCAAGAGCAAGUUUGUCUGGGUCGACGAGUUGGCCGACGAAUACAUAAGCGGCGAGCUGGAGCGCGCCAUGAAGAUCCAGAAGAUCAAGGCGCUCCGCACCUGCGGCUUCUGGUACGGCGAGUCGGGCGACGGCGGCGUCGGCCAAAAGGCGGCGCCCGGAGAAAAGGUCAUGUUCCACCUGCACGGCGGAGCGUACUGGAUCGGCACCGCGCACGAGUCGGACGUCACGGCGGCCGUCAACACGCAGGCGCUGCGCUACAUGCACGAGAUCUACGAGAGCCAGAAGUUUGCCGACAUGAGUCCGACCAGCUCGCGCAACUCAACUCGCAGCGGCGACGUCCGCGGCGAGGGCGGGGCCAGCGGCAACGGCAACGGCACGGCAAGCCGGAGUGAUCUUGGCAGCACCAUCGAUGCGGCAACUGGCGCGGAGCGGCCCGCGUCGUCGUCAGCCUCCUCUUCCUCUUCGUCGUCGUCGUCCUCGGCGUCGAAAGCGGCCAAGGCGGGACCCAAGGUCAGCACGACCGACUACACCGACCCUUCGGCCAAGGCCGGCAGGCUGCUGCGGACCUUCAGCCUCGACUACCGGCUCUGCGUUCCAGGCAAGCCGCAGGCUGGCAGCUACCCGGCCGCCCUGUUGGAUGCACUCGCAGGCUACCGAUACCUGAUCGAAGACCUGGGCUUUCACCCGGAGGACGUCAUCGUCGCAGGAGAUAGCGCCGGCGGCAACCUCGGCAUCGCGCUGUGCCGCUAUCUGAGGGAUGAGAAGGUGAUGCCGAUGCCGGGAAGCCUGCUGCUGAUGUCGCCGUGGGCCGACUGCUCGCGAUCGCACAGCGGGCCGACGGGCGCGCCCAACCUCAUGUCGACGGCGCAUCGCAACAUCAAGUCGGACAUUAUCUCGCCCUGCCUCGCCUUCCGCAACACGGCGGUGUCGGCCUUCCUCGGCGAGCUGCCGGCGCGGGAGACGUACCGCAACCCGUACCUCUCGUCGAUCUCGCUGCAGCUUCCGCCGCACAAGGGCGGCAAGGGCCCCUUCUGGGGAUUUGAGGGCUUCCCGAAGCGGAUCUACAUCACCACUGGCAGCGCCGAGAUCUCGUACGACCAGCACCUCACCUUGGCGCACCGCAUGGCCGCGGGCACCAAGCACGGCGCUCCGAUCUAUACGGGCGACAAGCUGAGCAAGGGCCAGGAUCCGGCCAAGCUGGCGGGACGGUACGACUACCCGCGUCCAAAGGGGCUCAAGAUUUCGUUGAGCUCGGCCACGACGCCCGGCAGCACGCCUGGGUCGGAGACGACGCCUGCCGAGCAGGAGCAUGAGAACGAGGAGCGGGCGGCGGCCUCUGAGCUCUUCUCAGACAACGAUAAGGAUUCCGACGGACAGCCCGAGGCGUCGAUCGAGGAGCUCGUGUCGUCGGCCGGCGAGAUUGUGAUGCGGACGCGCUCCAAGGACGGCGUGAGCCCCUCGGUCAACCACCGGACCGAUUCGGACCAGGUCAAGAUGGGCGCGAUGCGACCCGUCGACUCGUCGCGGACGGACGCGGCCACGUCGGAAAAGGUCGACGAGACGAUGCUGCCCUCGCAGCGGCAGCAGCAGAUGGAAGAGAAGGAGCUCAAGCAGGACCUCAGGGAGGCCGACGCGCUGCCGAGCCACCGCAGGGAGGGCGAGGCGCCGCGGCCACGGGGCGAGCAGAGGGAGCUUGAGGACGCCAACGCGGCCCAGCGAGAGGCCAUCGACGUCGAGCUGGCGAGAGACGAGGACCGGCAGACGGAGGAGAUGGCCAAGGUGCGUCGGGGCCAGGAGGGCUACUCGCUCGCCGCGCCCGCCGGCAGGAUGACGGAGGAGGCGACCAAGAAGCGCAAGGGCAGCCGCGGCCAGGCUGGCGCCGGCUCGGCAGGCGCGCAGGAGCGUCGUCCCGACAGCGGCACUUGCGCCCAGCACGACGAGGCCGACGACGUCAUCAAAGCGCAAGAUUUCAUCGGCGACGACAACGACGACGACGACGACGCUGGGUCUUCGUCGAUGUCGUCGCAGCGGGCCACAGACGGGGAGGGCAAGCAGCGCCGGCAUCGCCUCAAGAACAAGCUCUUCCGCCGAGAGCCGAGCAACACGGUGCCGACGACGCCGCAGAUCCGCAUCUCGCCUCCCGAGUCUGAAGCCGACGCCGUCGACGAUGACGAGGGCAGGACAGGCCGAAGCGGCGAUGGCGCGGGAGGGGGAGGGGGAGGAUCCUACUUUGAUCUGGGACGACGACGCACCAACUUCCCAGCUCCACCGAGCGGACCGCGUCGGCGGGCGUACUCUGAGGUAUCGCCGCUGACGCCCUGGAUGCAGGCCUCCCCCUCGGCGUCGGCAUCCUCAUCGCACCUCGACAGCCUGAGCAACAAUGGCUCGACGUGGUCAGUGGCCAGCGGCGCCACGGCCACCUCGUCGUACCACCCGGAGCACGACGACCGCGCGCAGCCGCACCACGAGCUCGAGGAGCGUGUCGUCAUCCUCGACGAGGUCAAGGAUGCCAUCCACGACUACCUCCUCUUCAGCUGGUUUGAACCUGAACGCAGCUCCACCUGGCGGCGCAUCGCAAAGUGGAUCCACGAGGCCUAG